AUGGCCACCAACCGCGAGUCUGACAAGGAUAUCUCCUUCCUCCUUGCCGUUGUCCAUAACCUGACAAUUACAUCUGAAUUCGCCAACAAGGCCAUCGAAAACUGGCCUAGCGACUUGUGUUCUGCUGUUCCUGUUGAUGGUGAAGAUCUUGGCCGCGGCAUCGAUGAGAUUUGGCAGAAGUGGAUUGGUAACGAUCUUGCUUGUGCAUCCACGCCAGAGAAGAAGGAUGGUACUUGCCUGAACGAUGCAAUCGUCAUCGACGACAGCGACGAAGAGAUCGAAAAGCCCAUCAUCCCAGUCUCACCUCGCAUUCUGCCUCGCAAGUUCAGGAUUCCGCCAGCUGCCAGUCUGGUCAUCCCUCUUGGUGCCGGCGAGGUCUUGGUGACCCCUAAGAUUGGCCGCAACUCGAAGAUCGUCGUCGGUUUGGGCGAGCCCGACCACAACGAUAGCACACCCACCAUCGAUCGCGCUUGCCCUGCAACCAAGAAUGAUGCAGGUCUUCUCACGCCAUGCAGUCUCAAGAAGGCAGGAACAACCAUCAAGAAGGUCACCAAGUCACGCGGUGCCAAAGCCAGAUUAUCCCGCCGCAAGAGCAGGGAUGUCGCCAGCAGCAUCGAGCCUAACGAGGAAAUGUUCGAAACUCCUUUUGCAAUGGCAUCUUCCCGUAAGCGCCGCCAUGGAAUCAACUACAACGACGUGCCUGCCGAUGGAGUUUUCGAUAAUUCGGACGACGAAGACUUCAGUCCUGAAGAGUUCGAGGACGACAAGCGCAUUGACCAAGACUUUGAAGCAAAAUACCCUGUCCUCAAGACCCGUUCGAAACGUCAGAAGACCAAGUCCUAG